AUGGGUGCCGGUGGCAAGAAGUCGAAGGGGAAGGAUAAGAGUAGUAAAGCCGGCUCGAAACAGAAGAAUAAAAAGAGCAAGAGCCCUGAGACUACAGAACAACAAACAGCUACCGAAUCUUCCAUGCCUGGCAGCCCAGAGUUGGGGGUGCAAGAGCAAGAUACUACCGACCUUGGUGAAGUAUCGGAACAACCGCUUGAGAAACCUGAACAGACACAGCCUCCAACACCUGUCGAAUCAUCAGACAGCCCAUCUCCAGAAGAACCGCCAAAGGAAGAAACAAACCCCAAUGCAGGAAUUGACGUCACACAAUUUCUCGAACCUGACACAGAGGAACUACCUGCCUUGAGCAACGAAACCACCGAUACAACCGCCACUGUCGAUACUGAAGCACCUGGCUCCAACGAGGAAGCACCUGCAUCUGUUGAGGUAGAGGAGGAACCUCUGCCGAAAGAGGAGAGCGAACCUCUCGCCGAACAUCUGGAGCCCACUGCUGAACACUCAGAGCCAACCGUCGAGGCCGAGCACUCAGAGCCACUCGUCGACCAUUCAGGACAAACUAUCGAUCAUCCCGAGGCAGCUGCCGAAACCUCAGAGCCAGCUAUUGAGACUCCAGAGGCAGCUGUCGAAACUCCCGAACUAGCCGUCGAAACCCCAGAACCAGUUGUUGAAGACCCAGAGCCAACUAUCGAGACUCCCGAAGCAGCUGUCGAAACCCCAGAACCAGUUGUUGAAGACCCAGAGCCUAUCGAGACUCCCGAAGCAGCUGUCGAAACCCCAGAGCCAGUUGUUGAAGACCCAGAGCCAACUAUCGAGACUUCCGAACCGGUUGUCGAGACCCCAGAGCCAACUGUUGAGACCCCCGAACCAACUGUUGAAGCUUCUGAACCGGCCGUUGAAACCACUGAGCCAUCUGUUGAACAGUCCGAGCCUAUCGCAGAGCAAGCGGAGCCGGUUUCCGAGCACUCGGAUCCUGUAGCUGAACACACAGAGUCCGUUCUUGAGCACUCAGAGCCUGCUGCUGUUCCUGAAAACGCUGAGCCCGUUGCUGAGCGCGAGCAGCCUGAAGCAAAGACACCUAUAUCAACCCCAACUCGACCCCCUUCAUUUGUCUCACACUCUCCCGUGCCAUCACUGGUACCCUUACCAUCGCCUUCUUUUACCGAGGCACGGUUUAUGCAAAGUGCUUCGCCAGAGAACCAUUUCUAUCAUCCCGGCCCAGCCUUUGUCCCCUACGGCUCACCUCACGCUUCACCCCACGGCUCUCCCUCUGGACCAGCUUAUAUUCCAUACGGCUCACCUCACGUCUCUCCUCACACCACUCCAGCUGGACCAGCUUUUAUUCCCUACGGCUCUCCUCACGCAUCUCCCUUCGCCUCACCUUACGCCUCACCGAUACCCAAAGUGAGCAGUCCUCUUGCCCGAUCCCAUUAUCCAUAUAGACCUCCAAAUAUGUCUCCAACUGCAACUCCACCCCCUCAAGUCCCAGCGGCUCCUAUAUCUCCAAUGGCUAUCGCUGCUCCAUCACCUCAGAUGCACUCAAUGGGCCCUCCACCACCACCAGGACCACCCUCAACUACUCAAAGCUUUGCAACUGCUGUCCACUCCCCUGUCAUGAGCACUUCAAGCGUUGUUCCUCCCUACCAUCAUCCCUACCCCCAUUACCCACCACCAGGCCACACGAUGCAGCGUAGCUACAGCAUUUCGGACUCUAACUCCCCAUAUGCUGCAUCAUUCCAGGCUAUUCGCGAUCUUGGCCUGGGAACUGGUCACCUGUCAGAGAAUGGAAACCCAUCUCCCCCAGAGAGUGAGGCUGAGCAUGCUGAGCUUCUACACCGAAUUCAGUCCGCCAUUCCUGAUAUCAACCGCCUCCUUCAUGGAUUCAAAAGCACUCACAGCAGGCUUUCGAGUCGUGAGGCUGAGAUGAAGCAGAUCGGAAAUCAACAUGAACAAGCUUUGCAACAUAAGGAUUUCUAUAUUGAGGCUCUUCAAGCACAGAUGCGGAAGACAGCCAAUGAAAGUGCUGAGGAAUGUGCCAAGCUCAAACACACCAUAAAUGAGCUGCGCAUGGAGGUGGGAGACCUGCAGGAGAAGCAGAAGGACCUCGAAGAUGGCUUGGCUACUCAGCAAAAAUCCAACGAGGAGCUUUCGCAGACGAAAUCGGAUCUUGAGGUAGAGGUCUCAAAGCUUAACACCACUCUCCAGAACACUCAUCAAACGCAUGCACAGGAGAAGGAAGAGCAAAAGGAUGCACAUGCAAAGGCUCUUGUGACCCAGAAGCACGAGCUAACUGAGCUCUUUGAAGAGAUCAAGAACGAGGACGAGAAAGCAGCUAGCGAUGCCUUGGAGGCUCGCGAAAAGGAACUUGGUGAUCAACACGCAGCCAAACAAGGCGAGUGGGAGACCGAGAAGACCGAGCUGCAUGAGUCACUGCAAACUCAUCGUACCGAUCUUGAGACUCACAAGACCGAGUUGGCAACCACCAUGGCUGCAUUGGAGUCCAAGGAAACUGAACUUCAGCACAAACUCGAGGAGCUCACUUCAGUCCGUGAUGAGGUCACAGCCAAACUGGCCGAGUUGGAUGCCAAGGAGAAAGAGCUUGAGGAAACCCGGGCAAAGAAUGCCGAGGAACUUGAAGCGCUUCAGCAAGGACACGCCACCGAUAUGGGCGCCCUGAGAGGCACACACGAGGAACAGCUGGCGGCUGCAGCCAAGGAACUGGCAGAGAAGAUUGCUGCUAUCGAGGCCGUCCUCAAUGAGAAGGAAGAGGCCUGGUCGAAGGAGAAGACUGAGUUGGAGAGACAACUUGCAGAGAAAGACGGCGAGCUGUCGAGCUCCGAACGAGAGAAGGAGAGACUGGAGGGAGAUGGCUUGGUCAAGGAGCAGCAACUGCAACGUGCAGUCGAUGAGAUGCGAUCUACCAUCGACCACUUGGAUGGUGACUGCGACCGUUUGAGAAAGACACUCCACAGCCUCGGUGAAGCCACUGAUCUCAAGACCACCAAGGGCGACCAGUUCUUUUUGGACUGUUUCACUCAGCUAUCGCAGUUGAUUCACGAUCUUUCCAAGCAACAUUUCGGUUACCUCCCCAUUGACCCGCCGAAGGAUAUUCUCUCCAAGAUUCCCUCGGAGCUGCCGUCAUUCCUUGACAACACACCCGCUUCCCGGGAGCUUCGCUGUGCCUAUGUCCAGCAUGUUGUGUCCAAGACCCUAACCUACCGUGUCUUCCAACCCUUCUUGUUCACUCUGGGCCGAAGGUACGAUAAGGCCGACACAUUUUUCCAGAUGCUGUCAAUGGACAUUCGUCGGAAGUCCGUCCGUCGCGAGGCAUUCUGGCGCCAGCAGACUCUCAAGGCGGCCUACACUACCUCCGACGCCAAGCAAUCUAUCAACGUUGCGGCUGCAGUGAUUGUGGACGAGAUCAUCGACCACAUCAAACACUUCGCGGACCCCAAGCACCUGGACUCCCUCCUGACUGGUGUUCGCAAGAUCGUCAAGUUAGCUGCUGAGACCUGGCGCCAUGCUCGCGUGGAGCGAGAACUCGUCCUUGCUUCCUUCCCUGCCCCCGAUGCUGAGAGCAUCUCCAACGAUGGAUGGGAGGAGUAUGGUGUGAUCCCGGCUUUAGACGCCAGUCCUAAGGGUGAUCCUGCUCGACAUGUUGUUCUUCGCACCUUCCCCAGUAUUCUCCGUGAGGCUGCUCACGAAGACUUUGCAAGCGGGGAGCGAGCUACCUCCUGCAUUUACUCCCAAGGAGUUCUUCUUUACUCUGAUUCACCUGUCGUCAUGGCGCGACUGCAGGAAUUGGCCAAGAAGUCCACUGACAAUUUGGUUGGGGAUGAGGGACAAUCCUCUCCUCCGAAGACCCCUCGUGAGGGUCUGUCUUUGAGGGAGAGGUUGUCAAUGAAAGAGAGACUGACUACGAUGACUGUUCAGUCUGCGCCUACGAGUCCUACCAUGAAAGCACAAACUAUGAGAGCAUAG